GCCAGGGCACAGACAUGGAUGAAGUGACCACCUUCUGAAACUUUUCUCCUCCUCGCAUUUGCCAGAGCUACAGAAAGGUGAGCCGCAGAGAUGUCUGGAGAGAAGCAGCGCCCGGAGGUGCCCAUGGUCAUGUACGAGCCGCACCACGAGCGGUACCGGGCGGAGCCCUCGGCCCCGCCGCUCGGCCAGGAGGGGGGCUAUGAGUAUCCUUCUCCCCCACCUUACUCCUACCGAGAAACCACCAUCAUCGAGGAGCCCGUUUAUUUGGUGCCCCAGCCUCCCAUCAUCGUGGCAGGGAUCUUCUCCAGCAAACCAACAUCCACAAUCUGUCCUUCCUGCCGCCAGCACAUCACCACCCAGGUCACCUACAGACUGGGCAAGCUGUCCUACCUCCUGUGCACCAGCCUGUGCAUGGUUGGGUGCUGCUUUGGAUGCUGCUUCGUCCCUCUCUUCGUGAAGAUCUUCAAGGAUGCAGAUCAUUACUGCCCAUGCUGCCAAUUUCACAUUUAUAGAUACAAAAGACUAUAGAAACAAAGUUUAUGCAACCAGAUGAUGUAAAGCUUCCAUUUCCUAAUGGCAUAAGAUUCUGCACAUAAAACUACUGCUAGGAAACUCUCAGGACCAUGCUUAGUAGGUUCUGCAGCUCCUUUGCUGGUGAACCCACCUGGUAAGCUCCAGUUUACCACCACAUGGUUGGACUGGCUUUAAAACAAAAAACACUCCAAGACUAAUUUGCACUAUCAUUUAAUUUAUGCUCUAUUUGAUUUGCUGUCCUGUGCUGUGAAGUUUCCAGCUGGUGAGUUCUUCAGGUCCUCUCAAAUCUCCCACCCAGCUGGGACACAGACUCCUCUGGACCUCUCAGCCCACCACUAACCAAGGUUUGGACAUGGAUGUUUCAGAGAAGCUCUUACCUUCUCUGCACUGGAACUGACUGGCUGGGAUUUCAUUUCUCUCUGCUCUUCUCCCUACAGGAUCUACCCCUGCAGGGCUCUGGGUGGUACAGUGUAGCUGAUUAUUUAUUAACAAAACUCUAACUUAUGAGACUGUCUUUGCUCUGUUAUGUAUGAGGUAAGAAAAUAAACCUGUUAUUGUUCACAAUA